AUGUCAACCAUGGUUUCCUUUUCGACUACAAACAUUAUUGUAGACAACAAUUAUGCUUGGCCCGCUGAAAAGACUUGCCUCAGAGUUCGAUUCCUCGGCGGAAGCUCAUUGGAGAGGAGGACGGUGGAGCACUAUGUAACCAAGUACUACCACGAGGUGCCGAUGCGCAUGAGAUUCGAGUUUCUCGAUGACGGCGCUUCCGUUCCUUCCGAUAUCCGCAUCCGAUUCGGUCAAAAGAAUCGGUCUCGGGUUGGCCGUAACGCCCAAAAAUACCCAGAUCUCCAUACCAUGGAGUUGAACCUCCACCCUUCCAGCCAUCUCAGCAAGGAUGAGCAGCAAGACAGGCGACGACGCUCCAUCUUGCACCUUUUUGGUCAUGCUCUUGGUAUUCAGCUCGAGUAUGACCAUUCGGGUAAGUCCGACACCAUGGCUUCACAGUCAGACGACUUUUGGAGCACCCUGAGCGACAUGACCAGCGACGUUGACCAACGCUCGAUCAUGCAUUGCCAGGUCGGCGAGUGCAACACCUCUGAGGGGGAAGAUACUAGGCCGUUCAACACGAGGCUUUCAGAUGGCGACAAGAAGCUUCUUGCUACCAUGUACCCCAGGCCCGAGCCGAAGAAGCCCGCCAAGGCACCAGCAAUGGCAUUGAAGCCCUCUCCAAAGCCAGCAACAAAGUCGUCAAAGUCGCACCAGAGGCCAAGAGAUGAAUCUACUUCCGCCCCAGCAGCCAAAGCAAAUCAUAAAAGCGUUGAAGGGUGCGAUCCUUCCAAGGUAACUGUUAUCAGUGGUUGCGGUACAUUCAACAUUGAUGGUGGAGGGUACGUUACCCUCUCCGGUUGUGGAAACGUCUACGUCCAUGGCAACGGCCAUGUGACGCUUUCUGGGUGUGGAAAUGUCUGGGUGGACGGGAAUGGUUAUGCAGAGAUCUCGGGUGUUGGCAAGGUAUGUUCUGGAAGUCUGAUAGUUGGCUUGAAACUACGUCGUGUCCCGGCGCCUAACCUCAAGAUACAUCACGAGCCCAGCAACAAGCUCAAUGAUUUCUCACAGCAGGCAAUGAAUGAUGCUCAUGAUUAA